AUGGGCAACGUUAACAGCGGACUUUUCCUCCAUGGCGAGUGCCAGUCCGAGACGUCGUCGACGUGCUUCACUGAGAGCGCCAUGUCGGCCCACAAUUUCGUGGUGCGCGAUUACCCGCUGCUUGAGGGCAUCGGCGCCGGCGAGUUUGUCAGCUCGAGCACGUUCAACGUCGGCGGCUACGCGUGGACGAUCAAGUUCUACCCCGACGGGGAGCAGAAAGACAAAUCUAGCGACAUGGCCUCCUGUUAUCUGUAUUGCGCCAGCCAAGCGAACAACAGAUAUGUCCAGAAAUCGACGCUUAGAGCUCUGUCGGACGCCAACAACGGCCGUUUCACGAUAAGAUGCGUUCUCCAGGUCAUACAUGAAACUCGGACGGUGCGCAACAGGAGACCUGUAGAGGUGCCGCCGCCAAGCCUGAUGGAGAGCCUCGAGCACAUGCUCAAGGAUGGAGAAGGUGCAGAUGUGACGUUCAGUGUGCGCGACCAGCUGUUCAGAGCCCAUAGAUGCGUGUUGGCUGCACGUUCUCAGGUUUUCAAGGCCGAGCUCUUUGGACCCAUGAAGGAAAGCAAGACAGGGCACAUCAUGGUGGACGACAUGGAGCCCCAGGUCUUUGAGGCGCUUCUUCACUUCAUGUACACGGAUGCUAUGCCAGAUGACGAUGAAGACGAAGGCAAAAUUGUAAGGCUACAACACUUGCUAGUUGCCGCGGACAGGUACGGAGUAGACAGGUUAAAGAUCAUGUGUGAAGACAAGCUGCAUGAGGGCAUCGACGUCGAUACGGUUGCCACCACGUUGCUUCUGGCAGAGCAGCAUCACUGCGAGGAUCUUAAGGAAGCUUGCAUUCAGUUUAUUAGUUCACCACGGGACAAACUAUCUGCUGUCAUGGCAACUGAUGGAUUCAAGCAGCUCGUAGUUAGUUGUCCUUUGCUCAUGGAGGAUAUACUGAAAGGAGUGUCCUGCACCUAG